AUGAAGUCACUGCGAUUGGGAUUUGGUGCUGUCAUUGUACUCGCUUUCAUUUUUACCCUGGUCGCACUGUUCACACCUGGAUGGAGGAGCUAUUCGUCGAAGGCCUCACACGAGAAAGUCACACUUGGUCUCGUCAUUGUCGCCUGUAUUAUGCAGUUUAUUGCCAUAGGAUGUUUCUUCGCGUUGUUCUCCGACCGCCUUCGAAUGGGCGUUCCAACUGCCGGAAUCUGUGCAUUUGCCUUUCUCUGUCUAUUCAUAGCAAUCCUGGUAUUCGGAGUUCGUUAUAAAAGCAAAGUCGCUUAUAUGACGUCAAUCUCCUAUGAACUGAUCGCCAACGUUCAUUUGGGCUACUCAUACUGGCUCGCCGUAGUUGGAGCGUUGUUCACUCUGCUCGCAGCCUUGAUCGCUGGCGGACUGGUCGGCACUCCGCACGUACCUUUUGAAUAG